AUACCCAAAAUGGAAGCGGGAAAGCUAAAAAUAUCUUAAAUCUUCUUGAAGUUCAACUCUUCCUUUAGAAAUGAGUAUUAAUGACAUAUUUUACGAAGAAAUAGAAAUAUUGAUGAACUCACAUCACUAAAUAUUGAAAAUACUGUAGAAUGACCAGAUAAGAUGGAAAAGAAACAAAGGAUUUUACUUAAAAAACUUGAGAGUGUGAAAAGUGAAACAUUAAAUUUAUGUUCUGAAAUUAAAAACAAUGUUCAUGAUGUAGAUACCAUUGCUUACACUAAUGCAUGUUGUGAUAUAGAUGAAGCUUUAGAUCUCUUACAAAGAGUAUCAGGUCUGUUCAGAACAGUAAUUAAGGACAAUAAUCAUGAUAAUACUGAAGAGGAAACUGACUGCUUUACUACUGAUGAGAGUUUAUUUUCGGAUCCAGCUUCAGAUAAAACAGAAUCAGACAAUAUAACAACAAAAACAUCAUGUGAUCCAACAAGACAACAAACAACAACAUGUGAUACUACAAGACAACAACAAACAACAACAUGUGAUACUACAAGAGAUGAUAAUUCUGAUUCAACAGAUGAUUUAGAGAACUUUGAUAAUUACAAUAUUGAUGAUGAGCCUGCCACAUCUACAUCUACAUCAACAGUAUUGGCAAUACAAAGUAACACAAAAGAGGUGUUGAAAAAUAAAGAAGAAGACGAAUUUGAUGAUGAUGAUGAUUUUGAUGAUUCUGUUUUAUUGGAAGUUCAGGUGGAUGAACUAGAAGAGGAACAUGUGGAUGAACCAGAAGUGGAACAUGUGGAUGACACAGAUGAAGAUGAAGAUGAUGAUCCACAGAAUCAACCUCAAGAUGGCAGAUUUCAAAAUGUUCUUAAGCAGUACUUUGGAUACUCUAAAUUCAGGCCGAUGCAGUGGAAGAUCAUUAACUCUGUAGUAAAUGAAAAGAGAGAUAACUGUGUAAUCAUGGCAACAGGUUAUGGGAAGAGCUUGUGUUACCAGUAUCCUUCAGUGUACACUGGUAAAACUACAGUAGUUGUCUCCCCUCUGAUAUCACUGAUGCAAGACCAAGUCUUGGGGCUGAAAGUUGCCAACAUUGAAGCCUGUUUACUUGGAUCUGCACAGGAGAACACUGGUCAAGUCCUUAAAGAUUUGUACAAAGGUAAAUACAGAUUGGUGUACAUCACACCAGAGUUUGUCAAUGCAGGAAUGAAUAAACUGGACAAAUUACACAACUCAGUGGGGAUAGAUUUGAUAGCUAUAGAUGAAGCACAUUGUGUGUCACAAUGGGGUCAUGACUUCCGAUCAGCAUAUAGAUCACUAGGUGACCUGAAGCAUAGAUUUCCUGAUAUACCUAUUAUGGCUUUGACAGCCACAGCCACACAAGAAGUUCGACGAGAUAUUUGUAGAAGUUUGAAUUUGAAAGACCCAGUGACAACUUGUACAGGAUUUGAUAGACCCAAUUUGUUCCUGUCAGUCAGUAGUAAAUCAGGUGAUCCAUCAAGGGACCUAAAAACUCACAUGACAAAAAAUGGAUCAAAGUUUGAAUUUGAGGGAUCAACAAUUAUAUACUGUCCAACUAAAAAGGCUACCAUGGAAACUACGGCUGUUCUCAAAGGUAUGAAUGUAGCCACUCUCCCUUACCAUGCUGGCUUGAGCUUAGAUGCUAGGAAAGAAGCCCACCAUAAAUUUGUGAAUGAUAAAGUCCAGGUAGUGGUAGCGACAGUAGCAUUUGGUAUGGGGAUAGACAAACCUGAUGUCAGGAAAGUCAUACAUUAUGGUGCCCCCAAAGAUAUAGAAUCUUAUUACCAGGAAGUAGGCCGAGCUGGUAGAGAUGGUCUCCCAAGCAGUUGCCAUGCUUUUUUUUCAGCAGCAGAUUUUAAUGUGUCUAGGCAUUUUAUAAAUGAAAUAACAAACCCAAAAUUUAAAACUCACAAGAUGAAGAUGUUAAGCAAAAUGCAGGAAUAUCUCAACACUGGAAAAUGUAGACGAAGAUUAUUGUUGGCUCACUUUGAAAGUAGAAAUUUAGAUGAUAUUGGAGGAACAGAAAACUGCUGUGAUAACUGUAGAAGGAGAAGUGAGAGAAACAAGAAUUCCAGUAUGAGUCAAGAUAUAUCAGACAUAGAUGGUCCAGUAGAUUACAGCAAGGAAGCUAAAGAGCUCUUAUCUGUGAUAGAGGUAUUAGGGGGUAGAUAUGGUUUAAACACACCUGUUCAGUUCCUCAUGGGAUCCAAUACACAAAAAGUAUCCAGAUUUUACAAGCAUCCACUUUUUGGUUCUGGAAAGUAUAGAAAACUGAAUUGGUGGAAAGCCUUUGGUAAAGCACUAAUUUAUGAAGGUUAUUUAGAGGAGGAAGCUGUACAGGGUGGAUUUGGAGCCACUGUCCACCUGUCAUCUAAAGGUGACAUGUGGAUGAGAGAUCCAUCAAAAAAUUCGCUGAAAAUUGUUCCCAUGACCGACAUGGUGGCUGCUGAUAACAGACCUAGAGUAACAGUGCAGAUACUUCCAAGACCUCAGAUGAAUGUUACACCACAGAAAGUGACAGCAUCAAACUGGACUCCAUCAAAUUACUAUUACAAUCCUGCAGGAAAUCAAUCGGCAAAGAAAUCUUCACCUCCAAAACCUGUGGCUGUAGUCAGUCCAAGAGUUGUUAAAUUACAGAAUGAUUUGUAUGGAGAGUUAAUAAAGAAGAGAAAUGAAGUAGCAAGUGAUACUGGUUAUACUCCACAUUCUAUAGCUAGUAAUAAAGUAUUACUGGACAUGACUAAGAUUAGGCCCAGUACAAAAAAGAAUAUGUUAAAAUUAGAAGACUUCCCAGAAGCAAAAGUGGAGAAGUUUGGUGACAUUUUUAUCAGUAUAAUUGUGAACUUCUGCCAUGUUCAUGAUCUUAAGACAGAUGACUUCCCUGAUUUAGAACUUGGAGAAAAUACAGAUAGGGAUUGUAGCACAUCAGACCUCAUAUGGAAAUUAACAGAAACAUGCAGAUUAUCUUAUGUCAUGUUCCAGAGAUCUUUUAAAUCUAUUGAAGAGGUAGCUUCAUUAAGAGGUCUAAAGACAACAACAGUUGUUAGUCAUAUAUCUGAGGCUAUGAAGGCAGGAUUAGAGGCUGAUAUCAAUCGACUAGGAGUCACAAAACAGAUGGUCAAUCUCAUCACAGAUGCAAUACGCAAUCCACCUAUAGAUUCAGAGAUUAGUCGACUAACCAAGAUAAAGGAUGUCUUGCCAUCUCACAUUGAAUAUAACCAUAUAAGGGUUGUCAUAGCAACAUUGGUACAAAAAUAUGGACAGGAGCUAAAACCAACAGGAGAGCUGAUAGUUUGUCCUUCAUCGCAAGAGAGUGGCACUAUAAAGGCACCACAAGAGAGUGCCACAGUCAGAACACCACAAGAGAGUGCCACUGUCAGGACAUCACAAGAGAAUGACGCUGUUAAAACAACACCAGAAGAUUCUGACUGGUCAUCACAGGAUGAAGAUGAACUGUUAUUUGGUGAGGAGCCUAGUCAACAAAAACCAUCUCUACAGAAAUCAACAUCAGACAGUUAUAACAAUCAGUCAAAACCUGUGUUACAAAAGUCGUUUUCCGCUGGCUCAAGUAGCCAAUUGCAUAAUGAAUCACAAAUGUCUUGCACAGGAAGUCAAAUUGCUAAAUUAGAAACAGACUCUCAAUCGAGUGGAAGUAAAAGGAAGUUACCAGACUGGAUGUCUGGCAAAAAACCUAUGAAUAAAAAGAUGAAAUCAAACAGUUUAUUCAGAUAAAAAUAUCAAAAGAC